AUGCUUUUGACUCUAGCACGCUUAUCGUUCGCUUUCUCCCUCCUUCUUCACCACGUCUCUGGCGAAUCAGGUGUAACGACUCGGUACUGGGAUUGUUGCAAACCGUCAUGCGCUUGGCCCGGCAAAGCAAGAGUGUCGGAGCCAGUUCGUACCUGCAACAAACAAGACCUGUGGCCGAUCCCCCUAGACGCAAAUGCAGCCACUGCAUGUGGCAAUGGCGAAGCCUACACUUGUAGCAACAACGGGCCGUGGGCCGUGAAUGAUAACUUGGCAUACGGCUUCGCGGCGGCGAAUCUGAAGGGAAAGAAUGAGGGGGACUGGUGCUGUGCUUGCUACGAACUUACGUUUACCUCGGGUCCCGUCUACGGUAAGAAAAUGGUGGUGCAGGUAACCAAUACGGGCGCCGACUUGAAGGAGAACCAGUUCGAUCUUGCGAUUCCCGGCGGUGGAGUCGGAAUUUUCCCUCAAGGUUGUGCGAAACAAUUCAAUGGCGCCUGGAUGGGCAAUACGUUCGGGGGUUAUUGGCAGCGAGACCACUGCUACAACCUUCCUGCCGGAGCUUUCCGCGAUGGCUGCUUCUGGAGGUUUGACUGGUUCAAGAAUGCGGAUAAUCCCAGUGUAGAUUUUAGAGAGGUUAGCUGCCCGCAGGCGAUGAUUGAUAGGACUCAUUGUGGAAGGUGGAGCUGA